GAGGUUAAAAACCCUAAAGACAACAAUUUUAAUUUAAUUUCAUUUCUCAUUUGCGCAACGUCGGGGAGAGAGCAGCUGCAUCACACAUUUCUCGGUCGCCUCUCCUUCUCUCUCUCCUGCGACCAUCGAAACCCUAAUCUCUCUCUCUAACCCUCAUCCUCAUGGCGGCGAACAACAACAGAUCCGGUCAAGAAUCAGACGAAAACACACGUCUCUACAACCCUUACCAAAACUUCGAGGUCCCAAUAAAAUCUCAGUACCUUUACAAGCUCCCCACCUCCCCCGAGUACCUCUUCACGGAGGAGUCCUUAAAACAGCGCCGCUCCUGGGGCGAGAAUCUCACCUUCUACACCGGAACCGCUUACCUCGGCGGGUCCGUCUCCGGCGCCACGGUCGGGAUCUUCACCGGAGUCAAGAACUUCGAAUCCGGCGACACGACGAAGCUGAAGAUCAACAGGAUCUUGAACUCGUCUGGUCACACGGGUCGAACGUGGGGUAACAGGAUCGGGAUCAUCGGGUUGAUGUACGCAGGGAUCGAGAGUGGCGUCGUGGCUGCGAUGGAUAGGGAUGAUGUUUGGACUAGCGUGGUGGCGGGUCUUGGAACCGGAGCGGUUUUUAGAGCGGCGCGGGGGGUGAGAUCUGCGGCGGUGGCGGGAGCUCUCGGUGGGUUGGCGGCUGGUGCUGUGGUUGCAGGGAAGCAAGUUGUGAAGCGGUAUGUGCCCAUAUGAUGAAGAGUGUCUAAUUGGGAAGACUCUGUCUCGUUUGUUUGAAAUUUUUGAUAGAUUUGUUAGGUUUUUCGUAUGUCUUUUCGAAUCAUAAGGAUGAAAACUUUUUUCAUUUUGAUGAAUAAAUCUGCAAACUUUUUUUGUUUUGUUUUAUAUACUGAUGAAAUGGUAUAUUCAUUUGCCGUGAGUUUAUUGCUUCUUGGUUGUAGUUUCUGAUAAAUUAGUGUUCUUUACUACAGUUUAUGCUAUUGUUUGAUUGAUCUAUGUGUCCUAGCAGACUUGAAGUGGAACAUUUUUUUUUCUAGAAUUUCUUAUCACU